AUGAAAAUGGUUCUCCUAGGCCUUGUUAACUGCUGUGGUCUGGUUCCGAAAGAUCAAAAUGGCAUGCUGCAUGACUUCCGUUUGGGAAAACAGCACAAGAAUUCCUCAGUACUGGAGAGAUUCUCAGGAGUUUGUGUCGGACUGAGUCCUGCCCACUGCUGCACUGUUCUCAAACUCCACCCAGUGUACCACUGGAUCGAGAUGAAAACAAAGAUGAGGAUAAUGGGCUUCCGUGGUGCUGCCGUCAAACCACUUAACGAGGACGCGGCUGCGGAGCUGGGAGCCGAGCUGCUCGGCGAGACCAUCAUCUUCCUCAUCGGCGGCGGCUGUCUUGUAUUUGAGUAUAGCAGGCAAGCGUGGAACAGCAGGAGAAAGGAUGAAGAGCUGACCCACACUAUCAACAGCCUGCAGGUGCAAAUUGGAGAACUGGCCCUAACCACAGAAACUCUAGACGCUCAGCUCCGUGAGGUCAACAGGCUUCUUCUGUCUUUGCCACCUGCUCCGAGUGGCAAAUAGUAACACCAAACAUCAAUGCGUGAUGCUGGGUGGAACAGACAGACUAAAGCAGUGUGUGCGUGUGAAGUACUAAAAUACAAAUAAGCUCCGCCAUGUACAUAUGACAUUUAAUGAAAAUACUCACACACACACACACACACACACACACACACACACACACACACACACACACACACACACAUAUAUAUAUAUAUGUCAACAUUUAAGAGGUCAUCAGAACCUGUGGUUUAUUACAUGUACUCAUUUUAUGGCUUGGUGUUCAGUAUUGCAUAUAUGGAGAGCAAAUGUUAAAUUUAUUGGCACAGAUUAACCCAAGUUAAUUUGUUCUCUUAUCACGCUCUGCGGAAACAUUUCAUAUUUCUCCAUGGGACUUUUCUGUGGUUCGUUCUAAAACUGUAUUGUAUCUGGAACAUUUUGAUUUGAUGCCUGUAGCUUGGUUCAGGUUUCAGAAUUUGUUUCUGGAUGCCUCAGAAUUCAGCUCAGCUGAAUUUGAUAGAAUCUAUGAAUUCCAGGAAAGUCUAAUCUUAUCCGGAAAGGGCCGGUUUUCAUUUCAACCAAGCAGAAGUCACACCUGAGUCUGUUGAAAGUCAAGAUGAACUGAUUAAACAGGUGGAAUCAGGUGUGGCUCCUUCUUGAUUGGAACAAAAACCUGCACCCACUCUGGCCUUUUGCGGAUAAGAUUGGAUAUCUCUGGUUUAUCCAGUAUUGACUUCCUGUUGGUCAGAACAGUGAGGGAACAUAAAGAGCUUUCACUUCACACACUGUAUGUGGAUGUCUGGAUUGUUUUGUGCGUUUGGUAAGGUUCAUCAUGCCUCCCCCUGGCUUCACUUUCAUAAAACUCUAAAACACAAUUUUUCACUCAUUGUCAGUUAAUCCGUUAAUGAAACAAUUUAGUUGCGUUCGAGCAAUGCAAAAGAUACUGCAGAUAGACUCUGGAUGAUUACAAUGAUUAUAAGUUUGACAAAAUCGAAUACAUCCGACUUGUGAUUUCAAGCCCCAUGCCUGUGCACUGAUCCUGUUUGUAUUGAUGGAUGUCUGAAAUGACAUGUGCAUAGAGAUGUAUAUUGAUUAUUGUACAAUAAAAUGAAUACCCUGCCAAUA